GUCCAUGUGACCGAGGCAGGUGCACGUAUAUAAAAGGCAUCACCAUUGUGUCUGCUCAUUGUGAGUUUCCUCAGAACCGAUCACACAACUGGGAAUCAGACCAGACGUUGUGCCUCAGGAGUAACUACUGCAGAGCUGCCUGUGCACGUGGUUGCUAUCCAGAAUGUUGUCCUUCCUGUUCGUUGCUGCCCUUUGUGCCAGCUGCUUGGCAUCACCCGUUUUGGUCCACUAUUCGUACUCUACAGCUGUCGGAAGUGGCACCGGCACUGCUUUCUCCUCCACCGCCAAUGGAAGGAUCACCGCCGUCAGAGUCUGGGAGAACAACAACGCCUACAUAAAAGGUAUUCAGCUUCGCCACGAGUACACCUGGGACAUAGUUCUUGGUCAUAAACUUGGUGAGCCACAGGAACUGGAACUGUUCGAUGGAGAGGUCAUUACUCAGAUCUCUGGUAAAUACCACCCUUCAAACUACAUCUACCAGCUGAUAUUUGUGACAUCUCGUGGGCGCAAUCUGAUGAUCGGUCAGCCACUCCAGACAUCCUUCAACUUCUACCCGGCCCACCAGGACGGGGAGCUCAGGCUGCUGAGCGGCCGCUUCAAUAAUGCCGGGAUCACCUCUCUGGGCGCUCACUGGGGCGUGGUGUACAUGGAGGACAGCAACAGCACUGACGUCAGCUCCAUGUGAAGGUUCCCGUCGUACUACAGACACCAUCCAGUCUGGAAUGACAGAACAGUUCCGGUUCUUUUCCCUAUUUUAGUUUGCACUGGAACUUUGCCAAGCAUGGUCCACAAAUAGAAACUCUCUCUCUCUCAUAUGUCUCCUGAGCGGUGGAGGGCAGCUUUAUCAAAAUUACUCUAUAAUCAAAGGUCAUGAAUGAAAUGAAGGAAUCAUUCAGACUAUUUCAACAUGGGUGCACUAAAAUUGACCAUAACCUGUUUGUAUCACAGGAUAGGUUUAACUGGAGUAUAUUGACAGUUAUGAAACAGAAUCAAUGGUGUCUGUAUGAAAUCAAUUAUGCUUUGAUUUAUUAAGCGAUUGCAAACUGAAAAAAGCAUUAUUUCUAUGAAAUAAGAGGCAAGUAAAAACUUGCAUAUCUGCAAACGUGAGGAGACGAAUGCUUUAUUUUAUUUUAUUCCUCAUACUAUAUCACAUAGAUUUUUAGAAAAGUCAGUCAUAAAAAAAAUCAUUAAAAUAUACAAAACACAACUCAUCAUAAGAUAUGCAGUUUUCGUGAGCUCUCUAAAAGUUAAAUAUUUUUGUUGUUUUUUAUUUUUGGGACCUUGCACAUUUUUAAAAAGUCACAAAUAAAAUAUUAAUAAUGUCUGUGUCUGUAUAUCGUUUUGUAUUCUGGACCCAGUGUCUGCAUAUAAAGUUUAUAUAUAUAUAAUAAGAAUAAUCAAAAUCAUGUUUAUAUGUAAUAAAG